UAUAAACUUGAUUGAUAGAAAAACUAUCGGUUUUUCUAUGAUCAAAUCAUACAAAAAGAGAAAUUCUUAUCUAAAUCUUAUUAGGUUAUAGAUUUGACAAGUUGGAUUUUAGGUUAAAAUUUUAUGAAACUACUGUUAUUGAAUAUUACAAAAUGAAUUCUACCGAUAUUGUGUUAGAAAAUUUAAGGAAAAACAUAACCGAACAAAGCUUUCAAAUAAAAGCUCUAAUUCAAGACAUUAAUGAUUGUGGAGGUCCAUUAUCAGAAUUAUCAGAGCUCCAUACGUUGAAUUCAGAGGGUAGAAUAAAAAUUGCCUCACUCAGAAAAUAUAUAGAUAAAUUUUGGGAAGUUGCAGAAGAAAAUAAAAAUGCAAACCUCCUUAAAGAAGUACUACUCCAUAGAGAUCAGUUAUCUAGUACAAUGGAUUUUUUCAAGAAAGCCAACAUUAAAGCAAUGCUGCAGAUUGAAAAGGACUCCAAGCAAAAACUGCUGAGAAGACGGGAUGAAACAGAGGUUCGUCUUAGGCCUCAUAAACGGGAUAAGGAGAAUCUUGUGAAACAAUCCUCUAAUAUAACGGAACAACUAUUAGCUGUGAGUAGGCAGCUAGCUGAUACAACAAAACAAAGUGCUGAUACCUUAGACUCUCUGAUAAGCUCUUCAGAAAGUGUAUACGGCACACAAGAAGAACUCAAAUUAACAGGUAGUGCGAUAACCCAAUCAGGAAAACUUCUAGCUAAAUAUGGGAGAAGGGAGUUUACUGAUAAAAUCCUUGUUUGGUUUGCAUUUUUGUUUUUCUGUUUUUGCGUGUUUUAUAUAGUACAAAAAAGACUAUUUUGAAGCAUCAAUUUCCUUAGGUUUACUAAAUUAUUAUUUUAUUGUGAUCAUUUAAGUACUAUUAGGUAAUGGUUGAUAGGGUAUUUGAAGUUUUACCAGGAACUAUCUAAACUGAGUGGACUGUAAGGCUGAAAAGCUCCAUAAAUCAUGAAUAAUAAUUACAAAAAUGAACGCAUAAGCAGAAACAUAUCUAUAAAGUAAAAUGUUUCAAUUUAUGAACACGAUUCUUUGACUUUGAAUAUCCAUUUGAUGCAAUUAUAUUUUGUAAAUAUAUAAAUUUUAUUUAUGAUAGAAAUAAAUUUAAUAAUAUUUGCA